AUGGUUGGCCUGAAACCCUCAGACGUGCCCCCUCCUCUCGGGGUAAAGAUGGCGAGUGCGGGGGCGGCGGCGUGCAUCGCCGACAUCGUCACGUUUCCCUUGGACACAGCGAAAGUUAGGCUACAGAUCCAAGGCGAGAAGAAGGUGGCUGCAGCGGAGGCCAAGGCUAUCCGCUACAGGGGCGUGUUCGGGACCAUCAGUACCAUGAUCCGCACCGAGGGUCCGCGUUCGCUCUACAACGGGCUGGUGGCGGGCCUGCAGAGGCAGGUGUGCUUCGCCUCGGUGCGAAUCGGCCUCUACGACAACGUCAAAGAUUUCUACACCGGAGGAGCAGAGCAUGCAGGAGUUCUAAUGCGCAUCUUGGCCGGCUGCACGACGGGCGCCAUGGCGGUAUCGUUCGCUCAGCCCACCGACGUGGUGAAGGUGAGGUUCCAGGCUCAGAUGAACCUGGAUGGAGUGGCGCGGCGCUACAGCGGCACCAUGCAGGCCUACAGACACAUCUUCCGCAACGAAGGACUGCGCGGACUCUGGAAAGGAACGUUGCCCAACAUCACGAGGAACGCGCUGGUCAACUGCACCGAGCUGGUGACCUACGACCUCAUCAAAGAGGCCAUCCUGCGACACAAGCUCAUGUCAGACAACCUGCCGUGUCACUUUGUGUCGGCCUUCGGCGCCGGCUUCGUCACCACGGUGAUCGCCUCCCCGGUGGACGUGGUGAAGACCAGGUACAUGAACUCUCCGCCAGGUCAGUACCGCAGCGCUAUCAACUGCGCCUGGACCAUGUUGACCAAAGAGGGGCCCACAGCGUUCUACAAGGGCUUUGUGCCGUCCUUCCUAAGGCUCGGCUCGUGGAACGUGGUCAUGUUCGUCUCCUUUGAGCAAAUCAAGCGCGCCAUGAUGGUGACCAAGAAGCGCUUUGACGCCUCCAACUGAACCUGAACGCACCAGACACAGCAUUAGGUACACUCAGUAACCCUCCGAGAAAGAAUAUUGCGUUAAUUAAAUAAUGUAUUGAAUAUUUAUAAU